ACCCUCAAGUGGCCCGCCCCCGCAGCUAGCCCUAAAUUUUAUUCCCCCUAAAUUAUUUCGAUCCCUCUCCCUUAGAUUUUUGCAAUUCGUUCCCUCCCUCAUUCUCUCUCGCCAAAACUAGCCAGCAGCGCCGCUCUCCUCCUCUCAUCCUCGUUCGAGCUCUCUCGCCGCCUCCCUCCUUGUCUCGUUGCCAAAACCAGGGCCGCCCUCACUCCCUCUCUCGUCGCCAAAACCAUCGCCGCCCUCCUCCUAGGGAUCUCGAGAUGGAAUCGUCCAAGAUUACAGAGUCUCCGGUUGAUAAACGAUGUGAAUCUGUGGCGGCGGCGAAUAGGGUUCAGAAAGUCUACAGGAGUUAUCAAACCCAGCGCAGGUAGGCAGACUCCGCUGUGGUCGUGGAGGAGCUCUGGUGGCAAGUGUUGGAUUUUGCUAGGCUUAAUCUAAGUACGGUUUCUUUCUUCAAUUUCUUGAAGCCGGAAUCGGCUGUUUCGAGUUGGAAUCGUAUUAGUCUGAAUGCUUCCAAGGUUGGACUGGGUUUGUCAAAAGAUUCCAAAGCCCUGAAGAUCGCGUUUCAGCACUGGAUUGAAGCUAUUGAUCCAAGGCAUCGCUAUGGGCAUAAUCUGCACAUGUACUACGAUAAAUGGUGUGAAAGUGAUGCUGGUCAGCCAUUCUUUUACUGAAAAAAGCAAUGCUUUGAUUGUUUUAAGCAAGGCGGGUGCUUUUAGGGAUGUUUUAAUAUGAUUAUCUGUUUUCCGGCUGGCUUUGCUCGCCACUCCUCCGGCGCUGCUGCCUUUUAUCCUCUACAUUGAAAGCUUGGUUAUAGGGAUUUUCUGCAGUCCCCAUUGCAGCCUCUCAUGGAUAAUUUGGAGGCUCAAACUUAUGAGACAUUCGAGAAAGGCACAAUGAAGUAUACACAGUAUCAGCGGGCAGUUAGUAAAGCUUUGCUUGAUAGGGUUCCAGAUGAAGAAGCUUCAACAUCGAGGACGGUGUUGAUGGUUGUUGGAGCUGGAAGAGGGCCCUUUGUCAGGGCAUCACUGCAGGCUGCUGAAGAGACCGGCAGAAAACUGAAGGUUUAUGCCGUAGAAAAAAAUCUGAAUGCAGUGGUGACGCUCCAUAGUUUGAUCAGGAUGGAAGGAUGGGAUAAUAUGGUUACUAUAAUUUCUAGUGACAUGCGUUGUUGGGAUGCCCCAGAGAAGGCUGAUAUAUUGGUUAGCGAGUUAUUGGGCUCCUUUGGUGAUAAUGAGCUAUCCCUAGAGUGUCUUGACAGAGCACAAAGGUUUCUGAAGCCAGACGACAUAUCUAUUCCUUCAUCAUAUACCAGUUUUAUCCAACCAGUAACUGCUUUAAAGCUAUACAAUAAUGUAAAAUCACAUAAAGACCUUGCACACUUUGAAACAGCUUAUGUUGUGAAAUUGUAUAGGGUAGCCAGGCUUGCUCCUUCUAAAUCUGUAUUCACAUUUACCCACCCAGAAUAUUCUGAUAAUAAGAGCAAUCAAAGAUACAAGAAGUUGCAUUUUGAAAUACCUGCAGAUACUGGAUCAGCUUUGGUGCACGGAUUUGCGGGUUACUUCGACGCUGUCCUAUAUAAAGAUGUCCAUCUUGGUAUCGAACCAACUACGACAACACCAAAUAUGUUUAGCUGCAGUACUAGUACUCAAUUGCUGAAGAAGAUGAGUCUCCCAAGUCAUAUGUAAUGCAGCAAAGUUAGUUUUUGUUGUUCUAUAUACUAUGGUUAAUUUCUUAUACUCCAUGUUGGAUUAUCCAAAGACUAGUAUUUGUUUUUGGCAUAUUUGUGUUGACUCUUCUUGUAUGCUACAACUUGGUUAUGUAUCA